GGUUUGUUUAUUGUGUACGUCACGAUGUAACUUCCGCCCGUUUACGAAAGUCGUACGCUGCUCGGUUCUUGCGUGUUUUGUGUGAAUAUCAGACAGAAUUGUGCUUCAAAGUCAUCACUUUGUCGGUAGGAUGACAUCCCAUCGUUUCUAAAACGGACAUACACUCAAUAAAACGGUAUCUCUGCGUUAUUUGUGGAGAUAUCCGUCUUAGAAUGGCGAGGGUCGCGCUGCUAUGCUAGUGGUGUAUGUUAUGUUAUGCUAGCAGAGGAAUGGCCCAUGUGAAGAGCAUGCUAAGUGACGCAAUAGCUGCAGUCUUGGAAGAGGACGUGCUGGUUAAAUCUGAGGUGUCCGAAGAACAAUCUGUAGAAACAUGUUCGGAGGAAAAGACGUUGUUGAAUGUUCCAACCUCCGAAAUGAAGGAAGAGAAGUCAACAGAGGAGCAAGCCACGUCCUUACCCUUGCACGGACAGGAUGGAGAAGCUGUUGGUGACGCGGGUUGUCAGAAUAAUGGCGAGGCGUCCGCACCCAAGACGGUUAACAUACCACCCUCCCCUAAAGACAAAAUAGUUAGUGCCAAAAAUCGGGUGAGAAGACCGCGAAUCGACACGUCGCUUGUUUUUUUGACGCAGAAGUUUCUGAAGAUGCUCCAGCGUGCGAAGCAUGGCGUUUUGGACCUGAACGACGUCUGCAGGCAACUCAACUCCUCCAAGAGACGCAUCUACGACGUCACAAACGUCUUGGAGGGGAUCCUCCUCAUCAAAAAGAAGUAUAAGAAUCACGUGCAGUGGAUGGGCGGGUGGCUGAACGAGAACACAGUGGAAGUGCUGAAACAGCUUUCUGAAGAAGAGAGGAUCCUGGAUGGGCUGAUCAAAACUUACACCCGUGACAUUCAUCGCUUGUGUUUGGAAGAGCAAAACGCCAGAUUGGCCUACUUGACCUACGAGGACAUUCAAAGCCUUCCCAGCUUCAAAGAGCAGACUGUGUUUGUGAUCAAAGGCCCCCCGGACACACAAAUAGAGGUUCCGCACUUGAAAGAGAGCAUGGAGGUCCACGUGAAGAGCACCAAGGGCCCGGUGGAGGUGUUCCUGUGCUCGGACGAACCUGUGCCCAUGGAGGUACCCAUGGAGGUACCCACGGAGGUACCCACGGAGGUACCCACGGAGGUACCCACGGAGGUGACGGACCAAGUGGCGGCUAACGAGGCCGCGCCCAUCAGUAGUGACACUACUGCCUCGUUAAUGAUAUCCUUUACGCCCAUGCCUCUCAAAAGUGGUCCUUGUUUUUAGGGGCGCCUCAAAACAUUGGCACCCUCACUCCUCCCCUUUGUACCGUCCGUCGUGCCACUCCGCAACCUGACCUCGGAAUCCACUUCAUGACACACGGGAAAGUCUGACUUCAGGAUCACCUUUUUUUGUUUUUUUGUAGCGUCACGUAGGGGUGUCCUGAUCCGAUACCAACACAAUACCAAGUAUCGGACGAUAAUCGCUCGCGUCUGAAAUCGCCGUGACAAGCUACGAUACGAGCAGUCCUGCAGCUGGACAUCCACUUACCAUAUUUUCCGCUCUAUAGAGCGCACCGGUAUAUAAGCCGCAUUCCACUAAAUUUGAGAAGAAACUUAUAUUUUUCCAUAUAUUACCCGUGCCGGACUGUAUGCCGCAGAUCAAUCAAUCAAUCAAUGUUUAUUUAUAUAGCCCUAAAUCACAAGUGUCUCAAAGGGCUGUACAAGCCACAACGACAUCCUCGGUACAGAGCCCACAGAUAUUUUUUUUAUUUGUAAAAAAGCACUUUACAUUGAGCAAACGACCUCAAAGUGCUACAGUGUAUUCGAAAAUAAAAAGAUAAUAGAAAUAAAAACUAGAAUGCAUAAAUCUAAAAAAAAGGCUUUUUU